AUGGACCGCAUGCAGGGGAAGAUCUUCUUCUAUGAGGACCGGAACUUCCAGGGCCUUCACUAUGAGUGCAGCAGCGACUGCCCCGAACUGAGCUCUCAUUUCAGCCGCUGCAACUCCAUCAGGGUGGAGAGUGGUGCCUGGGUGGUCUACGAGAAACCCAACUACAUGGGCUCUCAGUACAUCUUGACCAGGGGAGAGUACCCCGACUACCAGCGCUGGAUGGGCUACAACGACACUAUCAAGUCCUGCCGGAUUAUCAGACAUACCACUGGCAUGCACAGGAUCCGCGUCUACGAGCGCCCCGACUUUGCCGGUCAGAUGAUUGAGUUCAGUGAGGACAGCCCCAACCUGUCUGAGCGUUUCCGCCACCGCGAGGUGCACUCUGCCAACGUGCUGGACGGUGCCUGGGUCUUCUACGAGCACCCCAACUACAGGGGGCACCAGUACCUGCUGGAGAGGGGAGAGUACAGACGCCACACCGAGUGGGGGGGCAUGCAAGCCAACGUGGGCUCUCUCCGCCGCGUCCAGGACUUUUAG